GACUCGCUUCCCCCAUUGUCCAUCAGAUACGGAUCUUGCCGGGAGUCGCCUUGCGGCUUUUUUCUCGCUGUAUUGAAGAUGUUAUACAGUCCCACCACCAUAAAGGAAUGCUUGCAGGAAUGGGAGGCUUUGGAAAAAGACUAUCAACAGGUCCAGGAGACUCACCGCCUGUACCGACAGAAGCUGGAGGAGGUUUCCAAGCUGCAGGACAGCUGCUCGGCUUACAUCACCAGGCAGAAGAAGAAGCUGAAGGAUCUGUCUGCGUCGCUGGAGCAAUGCAGAGAGACUUUAAGUCCAGAAGAAGUAAGUGCAAUAGAAGAAAUCCAGGAUCACAUCAGAGAAAGACCAAACGUCUUCUUUGAAAUGGAGUCCUUUCUCCCAAAAAAGAAUGGGUUGUAUCUCAGUCUUGUUCUGGGUAACGUCAAUAUAACUCUGCUCAACAAGCAGGCCAAAUUUGCCUACAAAGACGAAUACGAGAAGUUCAAGCUGUGCCUCACUGUGCUACUUCUGCUGUUCUCCUUCACGUGCCGCUUCGUCGUUACCUACAGAGUGGUGGAUGCACUUUUUAAUUUCCUGCUGGUGUGGUAUUACUGCACUCUGACCAUCCGGGAGAGCAUCCUCAUCAGCAACGGCUCCAGAAUCAAGGGCUGGUGGGUGUUUCACCACUAUGUGUCGACCUUCCUCUCUGGCGUCAUGCUGACUUGGCCUGAUGGGAGGCUCUACCAGAUGUUCAGGAACCAAUUCCUUACCUACUCUUUGUACCAAAGCUUUGUGCAGUUCCUGCAGUACUACUAUCAGAGCGGGUGUCUCUAUAGACUGCGAGCUUUGGGGGAGAGACACAACAUGGACCUUACAGUAGAGGGAUUUCAGUCCUGGAUGUGGCGAGGCCUGACCUUCCUCCUGCCCUUCCUCUUCUUUGGUCAUUUCUGGCAGCUCUACAAUGGCCUAACUCUCUUCAGGAUGGCCCAACUCCCAGAGUGUAAAGAGUGGCAGGUGGCCAUGUGUGGAGCCUCCUACCUUGUUUUGUUCAUGGGGAACUUCUUCACUACGCUUGGUGUGGUCUACCACAAAUACAAGCACAAUCGGAGCAAAGCUAAGGGACUCUGAGAUCUUCAAAGAGGGUGAUCUUAAUGUAGAACUGGCUCCCUGCACUUUACCAAUGUACCAAAUGUUUUUUUAACCAAAUUUCUUUUUAUAUGUCAGUUUGUCCCCUGAUAUUAACACACUUGUCGUGUCAACAGAAUACAUUUCCCAGUUUUACUGUCUUUUUGUUUGAAUUUUGAGUGUUAAUAUCCAAUAUGGCAGGUUUACUCCAAACUAAUUUGUUCAAACCCCUUCUGAGGUUAUAUUUCAGUACCUUCUGACACAAGUCAUGGUCUCAGAGCACCUGAAACCAUUUUGCAGUACAUUGUUAGUACCUGCCAAACUAUGGUAGAAGCUGAACAGUGUAUAUUACUUUUGUAUCGUUUUUAUAAAGGCCUUAUCCAGACGCUCCCCGGAUUACGAUGGUCCUUAUUUUGGUAUUUCAACUUUACGAUUGAUAAAUGUUUUUCACUUUCAGUACAUUAUUCAGUAAAUUACAUGGGAUAUUCAACAAUUUAUUAUGAAAUAUGGCUUUGAGUUAAUGAUUUUGCCCAACUGUAGACUAAUGCAGUGUUUGCCA